ACUAGAGCAACAGAAGAUGUCCUCGUCCCAAAUUGAAGUGAUACCGUGUAAAAUCUGUGGAGAUAAAUCUUCAGGAAUCCACUAUGGAGUCAUCACUUGUGAAGGAUGUAAAGGCUUCUUCAGGAGAAGCCAACAAAAUAAUGCUGCAUACUCCUGUCCUCGUCAGAGGAAUUGCUUGAUUGAUCGGACCAAUCGGAAUCGUUGCCAACAUUGCCGACUGCAGAAGUGUCUUACUCUUGGAAUGUCACGUGACGCUGUAAAGUUUGGUCGCAUGUCCAAAAAGCAGCGUGAUAGCCUCUAUGCAGAGGUACAAAAACAUCAACAGCACCAGGAGCAGCUGGCAUCGAAGGAAGAUUCUGAGGGAUUAGCACGAGUCUACACAAACAGCGUCAGUAGUGGACUGGGAGAUCUGGAUGACAUCAGCAGCACAUUCUCAGACGGGCUCCUGUUUGACUUUCCACUGACCCCUGAUGGAGGGAACAGUUUUUAUAACUUUGAUCUUUCAACCUCUGCUGAACCAUCUCCAGAUCAGUCUGCUAUUGACAUGAGUGACAUUAAGCAUAUUAAACAAGAGUCCAUAUAUGAAAUCAUGUUGGAACCCAGUUUGUUCUCGUAUCCUUCACCAGAGAGUGGGCAACUAGCCUCAGAAAUCUCAAUGGCAGAGAUAGAUCGGAUAGCACAGAAUGUGGUGGAAUCACAUUCAGAGACUUGCCAGUACACAGCUGAAGAGUUGAAGCAGCUAGCCUGGCAGCCAUAUACACAAGAAGAAAUCAGGAACUUUCAAAACAAGUCCUGUGAGGCCAUGUGGCAACAGUGUGCAAUCCAAGUGACAAAUGCAAUCCAGUACGUGGUGGAAUUUGCCAAACGAAUCAGUGGAUUCAUGGACCUGUGUCAGAAUGAUCAGAUUAUACUCCUUAAAGCAGGUUGCCUAGAGGUCUUAUUGGUUCGAAUGUGCCGAGCAUAUAACCCUUUGAACAAUACAAUUUUUUUUGAAGGAAAAUAUGGAGACACACAGAUCUUCAAAUCAUUGGGUUGUGAUGAUUUGAUCAACAUUGUGUUUGACUUGGCAAAAAGCUUGUGCUGCCUGCAUUUGACAGAGGAAGAGAUUGCAUUAUUCACAGCUGGCAUCUUGUUAUCACCAGAUCGACCAUGGUUGACAGAAGCUAGAAAAGUCAAGAAGUUACAGGACAAGAUUUUUGAGGCAUUGCAACAUGUCAUUCACAAAAAUCAGCUGGAUGAUGACAAGCUAUCAAAGCUGAUCUCCAAAUUGUCCGUGGUGAAGUCCGUAUGCAACCUUCAUGUGGAUAAGCUACAGCUAUUUAAGUUGCUACAUCCACAAACAGUGCACAACUUUCCUCCACUCUACAAGGAAGUAUUCAGCACAGAGAUGCAAUAUCCAGACUCCUCCAACAGCUAAAUUUGGCAGUUCUGUGCAACUGUGCAUUCCCAACGUGAAAAAUAGGAUUUAAAUUCCUGUAUCACCAAUUGCAAUAGCACUAGGAUGAAUGUACCACACUUCAUAUGGUUUCACCGCAACAGUCAAAAGAAUGUAAAUACUUGGAUGAUAAGUAGUGGAAAAAGAAUCCCUUGUGCAUGACAUUUAAAAGCUGCUCCAUUGUGUUCAUGGACAAGAGUUAAUUCAGAAUUGCAAGACUGACCUUCCAAUGCUCUUUGUGGAAUUUGUUUCUGCUGGUAAAAAGAACUGUGGAUUAAAGGAAUAUUGAUGGUAUUUUAUCUGUAAUGCAAACCUAUAUAUUUUAUGAAGGGUUUUUCUUUUUACUGAGUUUUCAUUGAUUUCAGGGUUGCUCUUGUGGUUUAAAUUGAUGGAACAAUUAUUACGCAGACAGUUUUUUACUUCAGCAGUAAUGAAUCGUGAUGAAGAUUUGAAGGAAUGGAUCAAAAUUUCUUGAAACUAAAUUACAAUAAUGCUGAAACCAGCAAUUAAAUACUUGGAAAUCUUA